AAUCUAUAUAAGCAGUGCACAGAAAUUAGGAUCGACAUUGAUGAAUAAUUCAAUGGAAAUCUCGGAUAACAGCCUUGAAUAUCAAAGAGCAUCAUGGAACGCUCUGAGGAAGAGCAUCAAUGGAUUGGUGAACAAAGUGACCGCCGCGAACAUCAGGAACAUCGUUCCGGAGCUGUUUGCUGAAAAUCUGAUUCGAGGCCGGGGUUUAUUCUGUCGAACAUGCCUCAAGUCCCAACUCGCGUCGCCGGGAUUCACCGACGUUUUCGCAGCUUUGGUUUCUGUCGUCAACGCCAAGUUCCCUCAAGUAGGCUAUCUUUUGCUGCGGAGGAUCGUACUGCAACUGCAGAGGGCGUAUAAACGCAACGACAAGACACAACUAGUUGCGGCGGUGAAAUUCAUAGCUCACCUGUUGAAUCAGCGGAUAGUUGAUGAGCUUAUCGGCCUUGAGCUGCUGACGUUGCUGCUGGAGAAGCCGACCGAUGAUAGUGUUGAAGUAGCUGUUGGCUUUGUUGCAGAAUGUGGGUCCUUGCUGCAGGACCUUUGCCCCAAAGGAAUGAAUGGUGUGCUUGAGAGGUUGCGAGGGAUUCUUUACGAAGGAGAUAUAGAUAAGCAUGUCCAGUUCUUGAUUGAAGGCCUCUUUGCGUUGCGGAAGGCAGCAAAGUUUCAGAUUAUGCGUCCGGAACUGGACCUGGUGGAGCAGGAUGACCAAUUCACUCAUCAAGUUUCUCUCUUGGAUGAGAUAGAUGGUGAAAGUGGUUUAGAUGUGUUCCAGCCAGAUCCCCAGUUCGUGGAGAAUGAGAAGAUGUAUGAGGACCUAAAGAAGCAAAUAUUACCUGAAGAUGAAGAUGAUGAAGAUCAAAUUGCAGAUUCAGUGGAUAGCAAUGAGGAAGAGGACGAGGAGCAGAUAAAAGACGAGACCGGGACGGACUUGGUUAACCUCCGGAGAACCAUCUAUUUGACAAUCAAGUCAAGUCUUGAUUUUGAAGAAGCUGGACAUAAGUUGUUGAAGAUCGACAUAUCUGGUAUGGAGAAGGAGCUAUGCGUCAUGCUUUUGGAGUGUUGCGGUGAGGAGACAACUUACAGCCGCUACUACGGACUCCUCGGGCAGCGGUUGUGUCUGAUGAACAGAAUCCACCAGGAGAGCUUCGAAAAAUGUUUUGCCGACCAGUACUCCAUGAUUCAUCAGGAGGUGGAGACUGUUAAACUGAGAAAUGUUGCAAAACUAUUCGCUCAUUUGCUGGCCAUGGACGCGUUGCAUUGGCGCAUCUUGGACUGCAUUCAGUUAACAGAAGAGGAAACAACUUCUUCGUCUCGGAUCUUCCUCAAGAUUUUCUUCCAUGAGCUGUCCGGCCACCUGGGCAUUUGGUUGCUUAAUCAACGCCUUAGUCAAGACUCGUUUGAGUCUAUUUUUCCCAAGGACAAUCCGAAGAACACUAGGUUUGCUAUCAACUUCUUCACUUCCAUUGGACUUGGUGGGAUCACAGAGAACCUGCGUGAGUAUCUCAAGAACAUGCAGAACGAAGGAAAGCAGAAGAAAAGGAAAACGAAUGUAUAGUCCUAGUUAAUCUCGUAGUAAAUUUUAGUAUGGUUAUCAUCUAAAAAUUUUGAAAUGUGUAAAAGGCUAUAGAUGUGAAUUGAAAUAGAAUUGAAAUAUAUUUCCAUUAUGGUUGGACCGUAUUAUACCA